AGGGGGAAAAUCAAUGCAAAUCUAGCCAGUACUAUUGUGGCGUAGAAUAGAGGUAGUUCCAAUAAGGAAUUCAUUUCUUAAUAGCUCUGAAGGAGUAAAGUCAUGAAGUAUCUGCAGUGUACCUUUAAAUAUUCCAACUAGAGACAUAGAUAGGCAAGAUAGGAGAGGAGAGAAGAGAGAACCAGAAGAGACAAAAUUAAAUCAAGCAGGGAACUGAGACUCCUCUGAAAGGUGUUUGUACUCAGCCUACCUGCAGACAACUGGUCUGUCUCUAGAGAUAUUCUGAGAUCAUAGAUCUUUAAAUGGAUCAGAUGGCUACCACUCAGAUUUCCAAAGAUGAGCUUGAUGAACUCAAGGAGGCGUUUGCAAAAGUUGAUCUCAACAGCAAUGGGUAUAUUUGUGACUAUGAACUUCAUGAACUUUUCAAGGAAGCCAACAUGCCAUUGCCGGGCUAUAAAGUGAGAGAAAUCAUUCAGAAACUCAUGCUGGAUAGUGACAGGAAUAAAGAUGGAAAGAUAAGCUUUGAUGAGUUCGUUUAUAUUUUCCAAGAGGUAAAAAGCAGUGAUAUUGCUAAAACUUUCCGCAAGGCAAUCAACAGGAAGGAGGGGAUCUGUGCUCUGGGAGGGACUUCAGAGCUGUCCAGUGAAGGGACUCAGCAUUCCUACUCAGAGGAAGAAAAAUAUGCUUUUGUUAACUGGAUAAACAAGGCUUUGGAAAAUGAUCCCGACUGCAGGCAUGUUAUCCCCAUGAAUCCAAAUACCGAUGACCUGUUCAAAGCUGUUGGUGAUGGAAUUGUUCUUUGCAAAAUGAUCAACCUUUCAGUUCCUGAUACAAUUGACGAACGCGCGAUCAACAAGAAGAAACUUACACCCUUCAUCAUUCAGGAAAACUUGAAUUUGGCCCUGAACUCUGCUUCUGCCAUUGGGUGUCAUGUUGUGAACAUUGGUGCAGAGGAUUUACGGGCUGGAAAACCUCAUCUGGUGUUGGGUCUGCUUUGGCAGAUUAUUAAGAUCGGUUUGUUUGCUGACAUUGAGUUAAGCCGGAAUGAAGCGCUGGCUGCUUUACUUCGAGAUGGUGAGACUUUGGAGGAACUUAUGAAAUUGUCUCCAGAAGAGCUUCUGCUUAGGUGGGCAAACUUUCAUUUGGAAAACUCAGGCUGGCAAAAGAUCAACAACUUCAGUGCUGACAUCAAGGAUUCCAAAGCCUAUUUCCACCUUCUCAAUCAAAUUGCACCAAAAGGACAAAAGGAAGGUGAACCACGGAUAGAUAUUAACAUGUCAGGAUUCAAUGAAACAGAUGAUUUGAAGAGAGCAGAGAGUAUGCUUCAACAAGCAGAUAAAUUAGGUUGCAGACAGUUUGUUACUCCUGCUGAUGUUGUUAGUGGAAACCCCAAACUGAACCUAGCCUUUGUGGCGAACUUGUUUAAUAAGUACCCAGCGCUGACUAAGCCAGAAAAUCAGGAUAUUGACUGGACUCUACUAGAAGGAGAAACUCGUGAAGAAAGAACCUUCCGUAACUGGAUGAACUCACUUGGUGUUAAUCCCCACGUGAAUCAUCUCUAUGCUGACUUGCAAGAUGCCCUGGUAAUUUUACAGUUAUAUGAACGAAUUAAAGUGCCCGUGGACUGGAGUAAGGUGAAUAAGCCUCCAUACCCAAAACUUGGAGCCAACAUGAAAAAGCUCGAGAACUGCAACUAUGCCAUUGAAUUGGGGAAGCAUCCUGCUAAAUUCUCCCUGGUUGGCAUUGGAGGCCAAGAUCUGAAUGAUGGGAACCAAACUUUGACCUUAGCUUUAGUAUGGCAGCUGAUGAGGAGAUACACCCUCAAUGUCCUGGAAGAUCUUGGAGAUGGUCAGAAAGCUAAUGAUGAUAUUAUUGUGAAUUGGGUGAACAGAACAUUGAGAGACGCUGGAAAAUCGACUUCCAUUCAGAGUUUUAAGGACAAGACCAUCAGCUCUAGUUUGGCAGUUGUGGAUCUAAUUGACGCCAUCCAGCCAGGCUGCAUAAACUAUGACCUUGUGAAGAGUGGCAAUCUAACUGAGGAUGACAAGCAGAGUAAUGCCAAGUAUGCUGUAUCCAUGGCUAGAAGAAUUGGAGCCCGAGUGUAUGCUCUUCCUGAAGACCUUGUGGAAGUUAAACCCAAGAUGGUCAUGACCGUGUUUGCAUGUUUGAUGGGCAGGGGGAUGAAGCGAGUGUAAAACAACACAUCUCAAUAAAACCAACCAUGUUCCCAGGUGCAUGAUUAUUAGUAAGUCAGCUAUUUCCAGGUGAAGUGCUCGCGGCUUAAGAAAUUCUUGGUCACCUAAAGGACUUUUCAUUUUAAUUAACAAGAGUAGCUCACCAUGAGAGCCCUGAGGGGAAUUUUCAG